UGAAUGUAAAAAAGGAAAAAAGAAUAGUAGAGAAAAAAAGAUAAAAUAUUCUGCAUACUUAGAGAAUGGAAUUUUAUAAGACGCAAGAUAGUUAUAAUUCUUCUUAUACGGAAGAUUAUCAGUUUUUCGAUCCAUUGGUUUCUCAGUAUCUGUUGAACAGUGUCGUGUAGUGCUAAUAAGUUGUUUGCAUUGAUCAGAGGAUUACAAUUAUUAAUUUUCAUUGUAAAUUUUUUUCUGAGUGACGUAAAGGAGGAGUUAUAGGGAAAAAUAGAAACAAGAAUUGACAGAAAAAUUGUCAACGGAAGAAGAUCAAGAGAGAUCGACUCUCUUUCUCUCUUAAUCUCGCGUGUCGAAUUUCAUGAAAAUUUGAUAUCAUUUCAUUUAUUGUAAAAGGGUGAGACGUCGUAAAACGAAAGGAGUACGAAGAAAAAAAAGAGAAAAAUAAUAAAGAAAAAACAAAAAGAAAUGUAUCGAAAUAGAAUAACUGUGAACGAAGAUUUAUUACGUGAACGACAAAAAUGUACUUUCGACUCGAAGGAAUUAACUCUUUGGUUGGACGGUAGUUCUGAGAAAAUAGCUAUACGACAUGAAUUAGAAGAUAAUUUUUUAAACGAUCCGUUGCUGCAAGAUAAAGUUCCUGCAAAGUAUAAAAGUCAUAAAGAAAUUUAUGAAGAUGCUAUACGAAAAGGAUGCAUUGUCUUAGAAAAAUUAGAAUAUCUACAAAGUAUAGGAAAGAGCGAUAUGCGUACUUAUAUGCAAAGUUUAGGUGGAAUGUUAGGAUCAGCGAUAUUAAAAGAUGGAAAUCCAAUAACUUUACAUUUUGUAAUGUUCAUACCAGCAUUAUUGGGUCAAGCUACACCCGAGCAACAAGCAUUUUGGUUAUCGAGGGCUUGGUCAUGCAGUAUUAUAGGAACUUAUGCUCAAACAGAACUAGGUCAUGGAACAUUUAUCAGAGGUUUGGAAACUACUGCGACCUAUGAUCCUAAAACUAAAGAAUUUGUAUUAAACAGUCCAACUUUAACAUCGUAUAAAUGGUGGCCUGGUGGCUUGGGUCAUACUGCGAAUUACGCCAUAGUAGUGGCACAAUUGUACUCGCAAGGAGAAUGUAAAGGAAUACAUCCGUUUAUCGUACAACUCAGAGAUGAAGAAACGCAUGAACCUUUACCAGGUAUCAAAAUUGGAGAAAUUGGAACUAAAUUAGGAAUGAAUGCGACUAAUAAUGGUUUCUUAGGUUUUGAGAAUGUUAGAAUACCGAGAAAUCAUAUGUUGAUGAAAAAUUCUCAGAUAUUAGAAGAUGGAACUUAUAUCAAAGCAACAAGCGAUAAAUUGACUUAUGGUACAAUGAUGUUUGUUAGAGUAGUAUUGGUACAAGAUAUUGCAAGUUACAUUUCUAAAGCCGUAACUAUUGCUGUUAGAUACAGUGCAAUAAGAAGACAAAGUCAAAUAAAGUCAGAUGAACCUGAAUCACAAAUUAUCGAUUACAUGACUCAACAAUACAAACUCUUUCCAAAUCUUGCGAUGUAUUUUGCGAUUACUACGGCUGCCAAUUGGAUUUGGAAUAUGUAUAAUAACGUGACGGCUGAAUUGCAUCAGGGUGAACUUGAAAGACUCCCAGAAUUACACGCACUUGCAUGCUGUCUGAAAGCAACAGCUUCAGCCGAUGGAGCAAAAGGAAUCGAGGAACUUCGACUUUCUUGUGGUGGUCAUGGAUACAUGGACUCCAGUAAUUUACCUGCUACAUAUGGCCUGGUAACCGCGUCAUGUACUUACGAGGGUGAAAAUACAGUAUUACUUCUACAAACUGCAAGAUAUUUAAUGAAAGUUUGGAGACAAGCUGUAAGAGGUAAUCCAUUACCACCUACAGUAGAAUACUUGUCUAAUUUGGCACGUGGAACGGAACAGGAACCUUGGGAUGAUAGUUUAAUGUGUAUCGUUAAAGCUCAUCAGGCAGUUGCUGCAGGAAAAAUUCAUCUGGCUACACAAAACAUGGAUCGUAAAAUAAAGAAAGGUCGUUCUCCUGAGGAUGCCUGGAACGAAACUAGUAUCGAAUUAAUGCAGGCAGCUGAAUCACAUUGUCGUGCUUUCAUAGUAAUGAGAUAUGUCACGGCGAUCAAUGAGUUGACUACAGUGUCAAAAGAAUUGCAUAUCGUAUUGAAGCAAUUAUGUACAUUAUAUUGCGUCUAUUGGGUACUACAACGAACCGGUGACUUCUUAAGAUUUUCUACCUUAAAAAAAGAAAAUGUAUCGGCAUUACAAUCACGUUUGGAAGAAAUGCUAAUAGCUAUUCGUCCUAAUGCUGUAGGAAUAGUAGAUGGUUUUGAUAUACGCGAUGAAGUUCUUGGAUCAGCUUUAGGAGCUUACGAUGGUAAUGUUUAUCAGCGUCUUUAUGAUGAAGCUAUGAAGAGUCCGUUGAAUCAAGAUAAAGUAAACGAAUCUUUCCACAAAUAUUUGAAACCAUUCCUUAAAAGCAGAUUAUAGCGUAUAUGUUAAAUGUUUUUAAAAAAGUUUAUUAUCUUUUCUUAAUCUGUUAAUUCCAAGAAAAAUCAAUUUCGUAAAUUAAUCUUCUCAAUUAACAGAUUAAAAAAUAAAUUGUGAUAACGGUAAUGUGUAGAUUUUAUAUGCGUUUAUAAUAUUUCAAAAUGAGAAUGAGGUGAAUAGAAAAAAAUAAGUAUUUGUCAUGUUAAUUGAACGAUCCUAGAGAUCUUUUUUUAUAUACUUACGACUCUCUCUCUUUCUCUCUCGGGAAGAAUCGUCUUAGAUUUUAUAUGGUGCUAGAAUCAACGAUACGUUUAAUUAUAGAAACGAUAUUGUGAUAAAACAAAGAUGAUUAUUUUUCUAUGUAUUUUUGGUAAAUCUUUAUCGAUGUAAAACAAUAAAGUAUAACUUUUUCGAAUAA